AUGUCGGAGGACGCACAACCGCCUCCCGCCGAUGGGCGGGCGUCACCAUCACCCGGCGGACCAGGACGAAGAGCUCGUGCACCAACCAUUACCAUCGACACCUCAGCAGUCCAGAGAUCGUCGAGCGCGAGAUCGCGAGACCCAGAUCAUGAGAUGGAGCAUUUAUCAGAUGAUGGGAAAUCGAUCAAUGGAGACAAAACAGAGAAGACGCCAGGUUUGAGGCCGACAUCGAACGCGCAAUCAACGCCAACGGAGCUACGAGCCAGCAACAGCUUUGACAGCAGAGACUCGAGACCCACAAGUCCACACAACAUCUCCUCUCCUACGCAGUGGAACAAUCCACAAAAUUUCCUGGCCGUCCCCAAUUCCAGGGGGAGGGGGGCCAGCUUCGACACUGCUGCAAGCGGCGAUACUGUGUCGACUUCCGAUAUAACAUACGUGAACACGCAAACGCCAAUGUCGGACGGCAAGCCGAAGGCUUUUGCAGACGAUGAGCAGAGGCUCGGCGCCGGAGACCAUCCCGUACUCUCGGACGAAGAAGCACUACAACCGGACAAAGGCACGGAGGAGGACUUCCACCGCGACAACAACCCCUUCGCCUUCACACCUGGCCAGAUGGGCAAGAUGUUUAAUCCCAAGAGCUUGGGCGCGUUCCACGCAGUGGGAGGUUUGGCAGGGUUGGAGAAGGGGUUGCGAUCAGACCGACUCGGCGGCUUGAGCGUGGACGAGAAGGGUCUGGAUGGUGCCGUGUCAUUCCAAGAUGCCACCACUGUGGGCAGUCCCUCGUCAGACUCUACAAUCGUUGCUGAACCCGAGAUGGCAAAGGAAUCUGGAAACGAGGUUUCGGGUACCUACGACGACCGUAAACGCAUCUUUGGCGACAACAGGCUUCCCCAGAAGAAGACCAAGACCAUUUUCGAGCUUAUGUGGCUCGCGUACAACGACAAGGUCCUCAUCGUCCUGACCGUGGCGGCCGUCAUUGCUUUGUCUCUCGGCUUGUACCAGGCCCUUGGAACGGAGGAGGGCGGCUACGAAUGGGUGGAAGGUGUCGCCAUCAUUGUCGCAAUCGUGGUUGUCGUUAUGGUCGGCGCCGUGAACGACUGGCAAAAGGAGAAGCAGUUUGCUAAGCUCAACGCCAAGAAAGAGAGUCGGAAUGUGAAAGUCGUGCGCUCUGGAAGGACGCAGGAAGUCAACAUCCAUGACAUCUUCGCAGGCGACGUGCUUCUCGUGGAGCCUGGCGACAUUCUACCCGUUGACGGCAUUUUCAUCACCGGACAUGGCAUCAAAUGUGACGAGUCGUCUGCCACUGGCGAGUCGGACAUCAUGAAGAAGACACCUGCCGAGGAGGUAUUCCGCGCCAUGGAGUCGAACGAGAAUCUCAAGAAGCUCGAUCCGUUCCUGAUUUCUGGCGGCAAGGUCACCGAAGGCUACGGCCGCAUGCUGGUUACCGCAGUCGGCGUAAACUCGUCGAUGGGCAAAACCAUGCUGUCUCUGCAAGACACCAACGAAGCCACACCAUUGCAGGUCAAGCUCAACCACCUCGCGGAACAGAUCGCGAAGAUUGGUAGCGCUGCGGCCUUGCUGCUGUUCAUCGUUUUGCUCAUCAAGUUUCUGGCGGACCUGCCAAACAACAACGGCACACCCGCUGAGAAGGGCCAGGAGUUUAUGACUAUCCUCAUUACUGCUGUGACCAUCGUGGUGGUGGCUGUUCCCGAAGGUCUUCCGCUGGCUGUCACGCUUGCUCUGGCUUACGCUACGAAGCGCAUGUUGAAGGACAGGAAUUUGGUCCGUGUGCUGAGAUCCUGCGAAACCAUGGGCAAUGCGACGACUGUCUGCUCAGACAAGACCGGCACUUUGACCCAGAACGUCAUGACGGUUGUUGCCGGCUCCAUUGGGACGUCUAACAGAUUUUCCAACAAGGCAGCGCAGACGUCGGAUGAAAGUCAGGCUACGGCCGUUGACGAUGUAUCUGCCCACGAGUUCACAAGUUCGCUUUCCAAGGACGUCAAGACACUCUGGAAAGACAGCAUCGCCAUCAACUCCACUGCGUUCGAGACUGACGAAGGAGGCAAGAGGACUUUCAUCGGCUCGAAGACCGAGACCGCUCUUCUGGACUUCGCCUCUGAGUUCCUAGGCAUGGACACUGUCACGACCGAACGCAGCAACGCUCAGAUCAUCCAGAUGGUCCCGUUCGACUCGUCGCGGAAAUGCAUGGGCAUGGUCUUCAAGCUCAACAACGGCAAGGGCUACCGAUUGAUCGUCAAGGGCGCCAGUGAGAUUAUGCUCAAGUACUCAAACCAGAUCUUGCGCGACCCGACCAACGGCGUUGACGCGGCUACCAUGACCGGUGACAACCGCAAGACCUUGGCUGGACUCAUCGACGCAUAUGCUUCACGCUCGCUGCGCACCAUCGGCUUCAUCUACCGGGACUUCGAGACCUUCCCUCCUCGUAACGCGAGGAUGCAGGAAGACGACAAGACCCAGGUCGUCUUCGAGGACAUGUGCAAGGACAUGAUCUUCUUGGGCGUGGUCGGUAUCCAGGAUCCUCUCCGUGCCGGUGUCCCAGAGGCUGUCAAGGACUGCAUCAAGGCUGGCGUGUUCCCGCGCAUGGUUACUGGCGACAAUCUCACCACCGCAAAGGCCAUUGCGACCGAGUGCGGCAUCUUCACGCCUGGAGGAAUAGCGCUCGAGGGCCCAGAGUUUCGUAAGAUGUCCGACGCUGAGCAGCGAAACGUCAUUCCCAAACUGCAGGUCCUGGCCCGUUCGUCGCCCGAUGACAAGCGCAAACUGGUCAAGCGUCUUAAAGAGAUGGGCGAGACUGUCGCUGUCACGGGUGAUGGAACCAACGAUGCCCCUGCUCUGAAGGCCGCUGAUGUCGGCUUCUCCAUGAACAUCGCUGGUACCGAAGUCGCCAAAGAAGCCUCCGACAUCAUUCUUAUGGACGACAACUUCACUUCGAUCGUGCUGGCGCUCAUGUGGGGCCGCGCUGUCAACGAUGCCGUGCGGAAGUUCCUGCAGUUCCAGCUUACCGUCAACAUCACCGCCGUCUUGCUUGCAUUCAUCUCUAGUGUGGCGAGUGCCCAGGAAGAGUCCGUCCUUACUGCCGUCCAACUUCUCUGGAUCAACCUCAUCAUGGACACCAUGGCCGCACUCGCCCUGGCCACGGACCCACCAACCCGCAACAUCCUCAACCGAAAGCCAGAUCCCAAGUCAGCACAUCUCAUCUCCGUGACCAUGUGGAAGAUGAUCAUCGGACAAGCCAUCUACCAGCUCGUCGUGACACUGAUUAUGAACUUUGCCGGCAAGCGGAUCUUGGGCUACGACGCACCGUACCCUUGCCCAGUUGGCGGUAUCAACGGCAGCUGCCAAGGUGCUUGGGAACACAAGGACAUGCAGACGCUCAUCUUCAACAUCUUCACCUGGAUGCAGAUCUUCAACGCGCUCAACAACCGACGUCUGGACAACCGGUUCAAUGUCUUCGAGGGCAUCUUCAACAACUUGUUCUUCAUCUUCAUCUUCUUCAUCAUGAUUGCUGGACAGACGCUUAUCAUCUUCGUCGGCAGCUGGAACGUCUUCCAGGCGCAACGACAAGGCGCGCGGAACUGGGGUAUUGCACUCAUUCUCGGCGCGAUCUCUCUGCCGAUUGGUGUGGUCAUCCGCUUGAUUCCGGACGAGGUCGCGUCCAGACUGGUGCCUCCGUUCAUCAAGAACUUUGCUUCGCGGAGACAGCAGAAGCUCACGCUCAACGAUGAGGAGAAUCCGUUCGAAUUCAACCAAGCGCUCAUGGACCUCAAGGACGAGCUGGGCUGGAUCAAGAAGUACAAGGGUGGCCGCAUCAACAGCCUCAAAUUCAGCCUGCAGCACCCGAAGGAAGCUUUCUUGCAGAGCAGAAGCCCCAGCCGCAGCCGAGCGUCAUCCAGCCUGCCACGAACACCAAACAACGAGCCUAUCGAGGACGAUCGAUCUGGCACCGGCACCGGCACCUCCCCGGCCCCACCCACCCCCGAAUCCAAGGGCCGCCGACGCGGCCGCUCCCGCUCCAACUCCGCCUUCGCCGGUGCCGCCAUGGCGGGCAUCGUCGCCGGCUCCAUCGCAGGCGGCUGGUCGCCCAUCGAGCGCCGCGAAGGGGAUGCCGACAGCCUGCGCUUCUCGCACCAGCGGUCCAAGAGCGAUUUGGCGCGGGAGGUGAAGAUGGAGCCGCAUCCGGAGACGAAGGGGGAUGAUCCAGUGGUGGUGGAGAAUGCGGUUGAGCAGGCGGGCGGGCCGCCGAGUCAGGCGACGAGUACGACGCCGCGGUUUGGGGUUGGGCCGUUUGCUGGGGAGCCGGCGAAAGAGGAUGGGGAGGAGGAGGAGGGGAAGAGAUGA